UGGUUAAGAGGCCCAUUCCGAAGAGUUGAAACCGGACUAUAAAAGAUGACUGGGGGCCGCCAAACCUGAUCAGUACUCAAAAUGAUUCCGAAACAAGCACUCCUCACUUUGGCCAGUUUGGCCCUGUUUGUGACCCUGUCCUUCGCCCAAGAUUUCUCUUGCAUGGACGGCAAAGACCUUUUCACCGCCAAAUUCGAAGCCUGUGACGGUAACAAUGUGAUCAUUUAUAAGAUCGUCAUGUCAGCCCCUUUCAACCGUGUUGAGAAGCGCCACGUCCUUUACACCGGUCAGAAGGCCACGUUUUGCGUCGCCGGCCAAGUCAAUGAUUCCAGUAUCUCCAUGGAGCAUUUACAAAAUGCCGUUUGGGGCGGAGUGGGCGGCGCUGAUGCGUCCAAAGUCGACUUCUGUGAUAUCCACAUCAACGCCUGUAAAGACAUUCAGCCCCCUUGUGAAUCUGGGUCCGGCACCCAAUUGACAGCGGGCACCGAUUUCUGCAUGUGCUCAGAUCUUGAUGUACCUGCCAAUGCUCCCGGGUUUGGCAUUAAUGUCUAUUGGAAGAUGCUCUCCGUGGGGUCAACUCCCACCGAUUGUGAAAAGGAGUUCGACAACGACAUCUUGCUGGCCAAUGGCAAGACCCCUGUCAUGUGCGUUCAAAGUCCGGCCGUUCUCAGGAAGGAGCCUCCGAGUCGGUCGUGAUCAUCCAGCCAAAAAUGCAUAAAUAUGAACCUUGAAUGGCUAUUUUAAGGUGUGAUAAUCAUUUGAUCGUACCAUUGGAUUUGCACAGAGCAACCUAUUCUCUCAAAUAAACAGGUUAGCUUUGCAA